AUGGCCGAGUUCGUGGAGAUGAUCCUCGCGCAGCUGAUCGGCAACAUCUCGACGGCGCUGAUCCUCGUCCUCAUCUACUUCAACUUCCUGCUGUUCGAGAACUACCUGCGGCUCAUCGUCUGGGCGAUUCUGUGCAGUCAGGCGCUGCGGCAGGCCAAGAACAAUGUCAUCUCGGUGCUGCAGUACCUUAGCGACGACGCCGACGUGGACCGCUACGGCUUCUUGACGUGCGUGUUCUCCAAGUCGGCCGAGAUCUUCAUCAGCCACCCGCACGACGGAUCGCGCCGCACGGCCAAGGAGCUGUUCCUGAACUACGGUAUCUUCUUGUUCUCGCUUAUUGGCGCCGUGUCCAUCUGGAUGCGCAUGUACUCAUGGGUGUCCUUCUUGAACGUCAUCAUUGGCUUCUGGAUCGCGGCACUGAGUUUGAUCAAGAUCCUGGACCGCCGUAUAUUCUACUACCGCUAUUUUUUCUCGGAUGAAGUGCUCGUCUCGGUGCUGCUUAUCCUUGGAUUCUUCAUUACGGGCGCGUUUGUCAUUCUCUUUCUGGGAACGGAAAGCUACCUCGAAGGGAGUCGUGCGGCUACCGACUUGUCCGACUGGGUGCAGGAGAACUUCAUCAAUGAUGAGCGCACUCGGCAGGUCUGGAGUGAGCAGGUUGAAAACAGUCGCGCUAUGAUCUCGCAGGCCAUCAGCGGUGUCGAGAACAACUACAACGACACAAUGUGGUGGCCUCCGUUGAAAGGCUUGGUCAAGACGUACUACUUGGACGCGAAAUCCAGCGACGGAAACGCUACUGCGCACACGUCGCUCUUUUCACGGUUGAGUCUGCCCGAGAAUAUGACACUGAUCCAGGCGGUGUCACUCGCGUACUCGAAAGUGGACUCGGUGAACUUGACAUCCGUGCAACUGACGGAUUGGACAUCCAAGGGGCUGGAAGUAAGCAGUAUAGCUGUUGGGUCAGUGGCGCAACUUGUGUUUCUGGUGUGCACGCUGCUCAUUGCCUUUGUUAGUCUCGGCAUCCGCUCCUUCUUCCUGAUCUCGUCAAUGUUCUAUCUGCUAUGCAUGAACUGGGAUCCCAUCGAAAGGCUUGUUCAAGACCUACUGCCGAUUCAAGUUGAUAAGAGGCCAGAAGUCGUGCGAUCUCUGCGGAAGGUGAUCGAGGGCGUUUUCUUUUUGCCGCUGAAGAUGGCGAGCAUUCAUGCGAUCGUCACGAUGGUCUCCUUCACUAUUGUGAAUGCGGACUUCAUGUAUCUCGCGACUACCGUCACAUUUUUUAUCUCGAUUGUGCCGAUCAUUCCUCCGUACUUGGUAUGCGUGCCGUGGGUUGUCUCGAUUGGACUCACGUCUUCCGUCGUGAAGGCUCUGGCUCUCUUUGCGGUCCAGUACGUGGCCUUCACUGUGCUGGAUGAAAUGCUCUACGAGAAGAGCAUCGUAGCGCUGAACGCGUAUGUAUCGGCACUAAGUGUGGUGUUUGGCGUUUACGUGUUCGGAUUUGAGGGUGUAAUUUUCGGGCCGUUAAUCGUGUGUGGAGUGACUUUCGCGUACGAUGUGUCGAACCACGGCAUCCAAGCUGCACAAGACGAGUACGGGAAAGCUGACGAAGUAAAGCAAGACAGUCUGCUGGAUGGCAGCGAUGGAGAAGGGUCACAUAGCACCGCGUCCUCCGUUGAUGGUGAUGAUCAGGAAAAGGAGAAGGAAUUUACUGAACCAUCAGAGGAGGAUGGGGAUCAAGGGAUGAACACCAACAUUUUCUCGAAUGCGAUGUACCGAGUAAUUUCGGGCCCCCUAGUGGAUCGCGUUCGCCGACGGCUCUCGAUUGAUAUCGCCACGGAAGGAUCCGUGUGUGUGACUUUGGUUAUAGAAGGCUUGAAGACCACCCGGAAGGUUCGCUUCGUGGUGAACAAGUCGUGGUCCCAGAAAACACUGCACGACAACAUUCGCCGUAUGUUACAUGUCCACAGUGUUGAGUGUAUCAGCACCGCGGAUGGAGCUGAAGUGCUGUCUCCGCUUCACAUUAUGGCGGAUGAAGUGCUGCACGUGAAGGUUCGCUCUAAGCAUCGUCUUCACUUGUAUAAUGACUCCUACUCGGAUUCGCAUGGGCGAGUGUCAUUCCCAGUUCGCACCUUGUCCCCGUCAUACCACUCAAUUCGAACCAGCAUUCCUUCGCUUCCUCUAGCAAGCAGUAAUGAUAAAUCUGCGAAGAAGAGUACUGGCACUCCACCGAAGCUGAAGCGAGCCGGGUCAUUGAGCCCCACAGUUGGGCAUGGCUCGACAGGAGGGCAGCGACAGCUCCAUGACCGUUUGCAGCGCAAAAGCGGAGGGGUGACAAUUCAGUACGAGGGUGGAUUAAGAAGGAGAGGCAGCUACAGCGGAGUCACCGUGGCCAGUGGGGCCUCCACUCAGCUUCCAACCGUUCGCAGAUCUACUACUCAUUCAUCUCCACGCGAAAAUCUUGUACCGCAACCAAGUCCAAGCCCGCUGGUUUCCAAAGGUUUAUCUAUAUCGACGUCGUCGCUAGCUCAAGACUACGAACUCCUGUCGCCAGACGAUGGCGUGGAAUCCACGAAGAAAGGAAAACCGAAACUAAACUUCGUGGAUUUGAGCGACUCAGGCAGCUUUACGACUUCACCGGUUUCGUGUGAUGCCCCGCAUCGCCGAAUUUCCUUGAAGACACGCCAAGGUGCAAAGCUGAUUUUCUCUCCACUUGCUGUUGAUCCGAAGGUGCCAGCGAGGAACUAUUCAUCAUCGGGGGAUGAAGACGAAGACGAAAAAGAGCAAUGA